AUGCAACAUGCUCAUGAUCAAGUUCAACAGAAAUUGAUCAGUGGUGAUGAUGAUCGUAACAAUAGUAGUGAUGAUAACAGUAAGAGUGAAUCAACGCCGGUGCUCUUACUUAUCACCUCACUGAAUACAACACCAGCACCAAGUUCAGUCAUUCCACAAACCUUUGAACCAGUCCCAACUAAGUCUGAUCCUAGUCCCGAACCUCCUCUGCCCAUAAAACAUAACUCAAUCUCCAGCAAAACAACAUCAUCAGACAUCAUCUCAUCAAACAAUCAGUUGAGUACAACACUUCAACCGGACAUUCUCCAAAGCACAUUAGCGAUAAUACCGGUUACGUUAGCUGUCGAACGCUAUACAUAUUCGCUUGUUGAUUCCAAUGAAUCACUGAUCACUUACAAUAAUACUGACAAUAAGCCAUAUUCUCCAUCGAAACUAACCGCAGCUGAUAGUGUCGGCAACGAAGAUAGUAAGGAGAAAGGUUUAUACGAAUCUCAGUCUCAAACAACACCACAGCAAUUACCAUUGUGGCCAGAUGUUUUGUUUCAAGGUGGAUGA